AUGGGAUUGUUUGCUGAACAUUUACGUGAAACUAAACAAUUUGGUGAAGCUGGUGUGAUAUUUGAAUAUUUGAUUGAUUUGGAAAAUGCAUUAGAAUGUUAUAUAAUGGCCAAGAAAUGGAAACAAGCAUUAUCAUUAGUUGAGAAAAGUGCUGACCUUUUGGAGAAAUUAUCUGAUACGGCUGAAAAAUUAGUUGAAACAUUAACUGAAGAUCAUAAAUAUAGUGAUGCUGCUGAAAUUGAAUAUCAAUUUUUGGGGAAUGUUGAAGCAUCUAUCAAAUUAUAUUGUAAACAAUAUUGGUAUGAUCAUGCUAUAUUAUUAGCUGAAAAAUCUAAAAAACCAGAAUUGAUUGAAUCAAUAGUUGAUGUUCAAAUAAAUGAAGGGUUUGGAGUGAUUGCUGAAUUAUUAGCCGAUUGUAAAGGGCAAAUGAAUUCACAAUUGAAAAGACUUCGAGAAUUAAGAACUAAAAAGCAAGAAGAUCCAUUUUCGUUUUAUGGAACUCCUGAUGAUUUAGAUACUCCUGAUAAUGUAUCGGUUGCUGCUUCUGAAACAUCAACCACCCCAUCAUUUUUCACAAGAUAUACUGGUAAAACUGCUGGUACGGCCAAGACAGGAGCAUCUAGAAGAACUGCCAAAAACAAAAAGAGAGAAGAAAGAAAACGUGCCAAGGGAAGAAAAGGUACUAUUUAUGAAGAAGAGUAUCUUAUUAAAUCAGUUGGUCGUUUAUUAGAAAGAUUAGAUCAAACCCAAUCAGAUGCGCUUAAAUUAAUUGAAGGACUUUUAAGAAGACAUAUGAAAGAACAAGCUUAUCAAAUACAAAAGAAUUGGUGUGAAUUGAUUGAUUUUAUCAAAGAAAAUAUCGAUGAAAUUCAUAAUAUGAGUGAAAAAGAUCGUGAAAGAAUCGAUGAUAAUGGUGAAAUCUAUUUGAUUGAUGAAAUUCCAAAACCUAAAGUAUCAGAAUUCCCUAAAUUCAAUAUAUUAGAUUAUUAA